UUCUUUAUUAUCAAGUAACAGUUGGUACUCAACGCAGCCGGUGACUACAGAAACUCUUAAAGACAUUUCGUCCGUAAUCAUGUCCUCCGAUGUUCCCAAAAAGAUAGAGAAAAUGGAUGUUCCGGAAUUUGCUUAUUUACCACCUCCAAAAGAAAUAGUUUUUGGUAGAUAUGAAGAAGGUUUAAGAGAAAAACUUAUCAGAAAAACAAAAGAAAACCCGGCUGUUCCUUUCGGACUUGCUCUGACAACAUUUGCUCUGUCUUAUGGUAUAUGGCAAAUGAGGACUGGUAACCAAAGGAGAUCUCAGAUGAUGAUGAGACUACGAAUUAUGGGACAAGGAUUUACUGUUGUUGCUAUACUGGCUGGUGUGUUGUACAGUGCACGUACACAUAAAAAGUAGUCAGCUUGAGUAUUUUCAAAAGAAAUAGUCCUAGGGCCUGUAUUAUUGUAGGAGGAGGAAGUUUUCCUUAGACCAGAGACAUGGCAUGAACGCUUGUAACAGAUGGAACUCAGCUGAAGGUACAUGAGGGCCAGGUGGUGAUGCCAAACUGGGAGCUGGAUUAAAACUACUGUCCAAGACGGAUCUAUGACAGACUUUCAUACAGUUUCCAUCUACCAAAUUUCACUCAAGUCUUUAGUUGACUCAAGGUUACAGCAGAAGACAUUUGUUGUAAGUGCCACUCAGUGGGAUUGAACCUGAAACCAUGUAGUUGUAAUGCAAACUUCUUAACCAUGCGGCUGUACAAUCGUAGUCAAAUAGGUGUGCAACAAACAUUUAUCUAUCUGACUCUAACCAUUUGAACUGACUCUUUUUUUAUUAUUGGAACAUUGACAAUUCUCCAAAAUCUCUUCUUACCCUCUCCCACCCUCCAAAUACUUGAGCAUUAUUAGUAAUAUUAUUGUACCUUCGUUUCACAUUGUCAGUCUUUUUUUUUUCACUUAUCUGUAAUAUUUCCAAAUGGAUUGUCAAUAAUGAAGAGAAGCCUUUCAAUGUGAUCAGUACUCUUCCUUUUUCCCUCCCCAAAUUACUUUUGUUAUUUAUUGAGAUUCCAAAUGAACCUCAACAAAUGCUUUUAAUCCCUCAUGAUUUGAUGCAUUCACCUCCCCAAAUGUUAAUAAUAAAAGAUUGCAACCUGAA